AAUUCUUUUGAAAUAUUACAAGUAAUAGUUUAGUUAUGAUGUAAGAAAAUGAGUUGGCUCGAAUACAAAAGAAAUUUCCCACCAAGAGAAGUGUGUGAUAAAAGGGAAAAAAAAGGUUACUACUAUUACUAGUACCUAGGCACAUGAAAACGAGAGGGAAAAGGGGAAAAAAGAGAGAUUAUUGUUUGUGGAGAUGCAAUAAAGAGAGAGAGAGUAUGCGUGGGUUGUCGUUUCCUUCCCAAUACUCUCUCUCUCUAAUUUCAAUUUUUUCAUCAAACAUUUACAUUACAACAAGGCCCCCAUUACCUCUCCACUAACCUUUUCCAUACCCCCUCUCUCUCUCUCCUCUUUCUCUCUCUACAUAUAAAUCCCAAAUAAAUAACCUCUCUCUCUCUCUCCUCUUCACAUAUCCCAUCCCCACCCCAGCUGUAUGUGCGCUAUACAUACAUACAUAUAUUUACACGCACAACUCACAACUUCUCGAAUUCACCGAUCAAUUAAGGCCUAAAAUAAAAUCGGAGUUUGAUUCAGAAUUGAAAGGAUAAAAGAGCAGUUAUGGUGGAGGCGUCGUCGUCAAUUUUGAAUCCGGAUACGAAUCCCCACGCAUCUCGCACCAAGCGGAGAAAAAUCGGGCCGGGCUCAGCGGCCCGAUCUCAGGCGGAGCCGCCGUGCCGAACCAGGUGGAGAACCGAAGCCGAGCAGCAGAUCUACUCGUCGAAGCUCGUCGACGCGCUCUGCCACCUCCGCCGCGCCGAUUCUUCCGGCGCCACCGUUCGCGACGCGGCGGACCGAGUCCUCGCCGUCUCCGCCAAGGGCAGAACACGCUGGAGCCGGGCCAUAAUGAGCCGCCGGCUCAGCCUCCGGCUUUCUCAGAUCAAGAAGAAGCACAGGAGAGCCGCCGCUAGACCGGAUUCCGGGUUGAAGAAGGCGGCGGCGGGUCGGAAGAAACUGCCGCCGCUGGAGAGGAAAGUGCGGGUGUUGAGCCGGCUGAUUCCAGGCUGUCAUAAGAUAUCGCUGCCGAAUCUUCUGGAAGAAACGACUGAUUAUAUUGCGGCUUUGGAAAUGCAAGUCAAAGCUAUGACUUUUAUCACGGGACUCCUCAACGGCGGCGGCGGCGGCGGCGGCGGAGGUGGAGGUGGAGGCGGAGGCGGGUCGUUGAACAAUAGCGACCAGUAAUUAGUUCACGUUAGGGGGGUCUACUUUAUUUUGGCGUUUACCAAUUUUUAAUUUCAAAAUGCUUAUUUAUUGUGUGAAUAAUUGAGAAGGUUAUUGAUUAAUUUAUUCUUGUGGAU